UAGUGCGUAAAAAUGGCGUGUAAUAGCGCGCGAUUUUAUCGACUGAAUUAUCGAUAAUGAUGCAACUUUGAGGACUUGUUGUCGCCUCUCGACUGAGAGAGUGCGCCACCAGUCGAGCCGCGGCUCGGCAGUGUUCGGUCGCGGUCGGUUCUCCUGAUUCGUGAUACGCCAGCGUCAUACUCUGUCAGUCGGCACUUGUCAGCGAGCGUGGAUGGUUGUUUGUCGCAAGUAUACGCGAAAGGUGCCUUGGGGAGCGUCGUGCGCGAAAUAAUCGGAAAAUGGCGUAAGUAAAAAAUCUGUCAGUGCGUCACCGCGCCGCCUUUCGUCGUCGCGCGUGUUCACGAACGAAACGAUCUCGCGGCGAUUCUUUCGUUCUCUCGCGUAGACAAUCGACUUGAAGUGCGCCAUGAUCGAGUUGGGCCGACGAACCCGGCGACGUCGUUGAGUGAAAUUUAUACAGUGUGCGUUUCGAGUGUGCUAUUGGUGGCUCGCGCGCGUCGUGAUAACAAGCCCCGAUGAUUAUUUAUUGAUAAUGUCGUCGUUGUCCGAAUCGUCGUUGUCGUCGGUACGUCCGCCAAUGACGACGCUAACGCGAACGACCUGAACGGUCGCGCGACGCGACUACAACGUGACGUUACGUGACGCGUGACACGCGGGUCACGCGAGUGUGCAUUUUUCGUCCGCGAGUGUGCAUGAACCCCGAGAAGGAAGCGGCCGAGGAAUGGCCUGCGCGUCCGCGAUUAGGAUUCGGUGAUCCUACUCGCUCAACGUGACAACUCGACGACUCGCUCAAAUCCGGGCGAGACCAAGAUGGCGCCACCGGCGUUUUGACACUUGCCGAAGGACGAUCCGUCAGCUGGACUUCACCGUCGCCAGCAGGCGAUCCGUCUAUUAUGAGCAGAGAAUUCUACGUACCGUGCACACCUUACACCUAUCAACAGUGCGGUAGCGGCAGCAGCGGCGGUGGCGGUUCGACGGAGGGUGUCGUGGUGAGCGUCGGUGCCGGAAACGGCGUCGGCAGCAACAACGGCGUCGGUGGCAUGGACUGCAUGCCCCUACGUCCUGGUCCGUUCCACUACUUAAUCAGCGAGCAAGCCAAGUCCCUGGUAGCCUUGCAGGAACUGCAGAAUGAGGUCGGCGCCCUGCUCGAGUUCCGGGACCUCGUCAUCGAGACGUUCCCAAACCUCCGGCACAAGAUGGCCGCGACGGCGUCCGCGGGUGCGUCCGUGAUGUCGUCCACGUGCACCCAGAGCUCGCACAUUCCUCUACCGUUGUCGAGUCCGUCCUCGCGAAGGAUCGGCGAAUGGGAACCCGGCAAGAUAAGACGGCGAGUGACCCGCGAGGCCGGCAGCAACGGAAGCAGCGGCGGCGGAGGCGGCGGUGGAGGCGAAUCCUCGUCCUCGUCGCUGCCGAGGAGUCGCAGCAACUCGCACAGCGGCGGUACCAAGAACAACUGUAGCGCGACUGUCCAAGAUUCCGGCUUUAGCACGGAGACCUCGUCGAAGGACAGUGCCUCGACGGCGAUCGCACCGCGAGCGAGUAGUCCCAGGCCGAAUCCGUUGGACGAGGCGGAGGACGAACUCUGGAACCUGCUAGAUGUGAUCCAUCGCAAGGGGAUCCGUCUCCGGGAAGAGGUCGAGUGCCUUCAGGGUCGCCUGGAAAGUGUGGCGACGGAGGAACUGGCGUCGACGGACGUGCUCGAGGUCGUGAGAAAUAUCACUGGGCUCGACGAUGCCGAUACGACGAUCGAUCGAGGUAACAAUAUUAUUGUCGACGAGCAACGGCAGCAAAAUAGCAGAGACCCGCAGGUGAUAGCGCUCAGACGAGAGAAGGAACAGUUGCUGGAUAAGGUGGCCGAACUCGAAGCGGAGACGAUAUCGAGUCGCGUUAGAGCUCAGGAACUGCAAACGGAACUAGCCGCCUUGUCAGCGUUGAAAACUGGUCUGGAGGAUCGGCUGCGGGCUGGAUUAACCGAAAAUGCCUCGGAAAUCUUGGUGCCGGGUGUUCAGAGACUACAACCGAUCGCGCCAGUGAUCUCCCCACCGAAGAACGCCAAUAUUAAUAUCAAGAGCAAAAGCUCGGCGUUCGCGUCGGUCACCGGUAGUCCUGGAAGCAAGGCUUAUAAGAGUCGCUUUCGCACGAGGACUAUCGAGAAGAACGUGCUGCUGGACGUUGUCGGGUGCAACGAUGAGCCGCGCAAUAUCGAGAUCGAUAUCGAGGCCAGCGUGAACGAGAGGCGAGCCAGGUUGGGAGCGCUCGAUUCCAUCCUAGUAUCGCCCACUAGGGUGGCUCACGUGAAGGAUGUAGAUUCGACAAAGAUCGCGGCCAUUCUUCGUGAGCACUCGCCCCUCGAGCUUCAGCGGCAUUUAAUCACUACUACCGUCCAUAAUCAGGUAAGUCCUACAAAAAGACUAGAUGAAGUAGAGAAGAGUACGGAAACUCUCUCCGAACGAUUAGACAAAGCGCGCGAGGAGAACGAUGAUUUGCGGUUUCAGUUGGAAGAACGAAACAUCGAAUUAGAAGGCACGCGGGCGCGAGUGCGCGUGUUGGAGCGCCUUCAACAACGACCGCCGACGGAACUCGAGCCCGAGACGGAUCUGGAACAACCCAGAUGCGAACAGAGCGGCGUCGAACCUGGCAGCAGUACGGAGUCCGCGCGAGAUCAUCAUCAGCCGGUAGAGAUCAAACCGUCGCCACGACGGCGUCCUAGUCGUAUACCUUUACCUGGCAGCGCGAGUGGCAAGACGACGUCAACGACGCCUACGACGAGCGCGACUACGAUCGCGCCAUCGCGACCUAGUCACGGCAGGAACGACAGCAGGGAAUCGCUGAAAUCGCUGACGAGACUGCCGCGUGAUUCUAGUCGCGACAGCCACGGCGGCGGCAAAUCGUUAUCGAAACCGCGCGACUCUAGCCGGGAUUCGCUCGGGAAUAGGAGUCUGUCCAAGAACGGGAGCAACGGAAGCGGCAGUAAUGGUGGCGGCGGUGGCGGCGGCGGCGGCGGCGGCGGCAACAAGGAAGCAAAUCGGGAGUCGUCCCUGAACAACCGAUCCUUGCCUCGUAACAAUUCCAGCCGAGAUUCCCUGAAUAAGUCCUCCUCGCUGUCCCGUACUCGUGACUCAUUGGAAUCUAACAACCUUGGCACACCCUCGCCUACGACUAACGCUCCUCCCCGACGACCGCCCGCUCCCGCGCGCCGUUCCCACAGCCUGGCGCGCGUGGCGACGUCUGUCGAUGCGUCCGAAAACGGCAAGAGCUGCACCGAACCACCAAGUUCCUGGUGCUCGACCAAUAGCAGCUUCCGGCACAGUGAUUCAUCGCUCUAUCCGGACUCCCUGAAUCAAGAAACAUCGUCUGUCACCGGUUCCACGCGAGUGGAAUUCAUAAUCGGUUCGCCAACUCGACGCUUCCGUACAAGCACAGCCUGGCCUCAUCGUUACUUCGACAGUAUUGACUCGGCAGCUACAGUUCCGGAGAGUCUGUUAACCGACGAGUUUCCUCUGCGACGCGGUGAAGCUCUGGCCGAGUGCGACUCGCUCGAAUGUCAUCCGAUCUCGAGCGAGGAUUAAGUGCCGCGUAAUCGUUGACGUUGCGUCGUCGACAGAAACAAAUAGGGUGAUGAGUCGUCUAGCGAGAGCAAGUUGCUAUUGCUUCUUUUUGUUAUUUUACGUUGGAUAAUUGGCUCAGCAUACACGCGGCCUUAUUAUCCUAAUAUCGUGUCACCGACAAACAUACGAAUGUAGAAAUAAUAGGAUAGGAGACACAUAUGCAUUUUUAGAUAACGACACGCUGAAAGAAUGACACUCGCAUUCUUAAUGACCCUUAUUCUGUGCCUUUUUAAUAUCGAAGUUGUUUCUUUUAAAUCAUCUUACAGUGAUUUGAAAACAAAAUUCUGAACAAAAUGAUGUGUUUCUAAACUGAAAUGUAAUACUAUUUCUCGCUAUAGGACAUUACUAUGUACUUUUCUCAAGUUACAUUUAGAAAGCAUUUCAUACAUCUUUGUAAUAUGACAAAAAUUCUUUAGAAAUCUUGUCUAAUCAAAAAUAAUAAUAUUGACUUGCUUUACGAAUGUACAUCAACGAAUAUUAACUGACAUAGCUAGUAAUAAUAAAAGCAAAAAGAUUCAUGCUAUGUUUUCCGGUGAUAUAGAAAUUUAGUCAAAAUUUUGAAUUCGUAUAAAUAUAUUAUGUUUAUUUAGUGUAAAAAAUGCAAAGACGUAAUCAAAAAUUAUUUCAUAUCUUUUCACG